AUGAAUUUCAAAUACUAUAUUGUAGAUCGUUUGUUACGAGAGCCAUCAUCUUCAAAAGGGUACAACACCAAACGCCUUAAAAGUUUAGAAUCUGCGUCUCAACAUGGAAUGGAAAGGAUGCAGACUGUGCCUGCUGCAAAGCGUGCAAAGAUAUCCAAACCCAAGCAGCCUGUUACAAGGCUUCCUGAUGCAGCAAUUGGUAAGAAGCUACCUGCAGAACCCUACCAGCUUCCUUCUCCUACAGAGUGUUCUAAGUGUAGGGCACGCAAAUUUGCCUUUGAAACGGCUCAUUUUUGCUGUGGUGAUGGUGAAGUUAAGAUAGUUGCAAAUGAUGAUCCUGCACAGCUUGUUAGGCUGUUGACUUCUAUGGAUGAAGACGCUAAACAUUUCAGGCAAUACAUACGUUUAUAUAACAAUAUGUUUGCAUUUACAUCAUUAGGUGGAAAAUUUGAUGCUAAAACAAAAAUAGGGAUCUAUGUUUUUAAACUACAUGGGCAGCUAUAUCAUUAUAUUCCUUAUCUACUUCCUGGAAAAGAAGGCCCUAAAUACAUGCAGCUCUAUUUUUAUGAUGGAGAGCUUGAAGCAAAGAAACGGCUAGGCUGUUUUCCAGAACUAAGGGAAGAUGUGUUAGCUAUUCUCAUGGAAGUCACUAAACGUGUUUACAAUGCUCCUUCCACUGAUGAGGUUUCUGUCAUAUGGCCAGAAAAUACGUCUUCAAGUGAGUCUGAAAGUCCUCAUAUUCUGGUCACAGCAAAAAAAGAACCGUCUGAACAUGAUUCAUUGGAAGAUGAUUUACCUGAGGAUGAUUCACUUGACAACGAUUCAUCUAGGAAAAAAUCGUGUCAUAGAAUCAUGCACUAUUACGGCUGCUAUGAUCCCUUACAAUAUCCGCGGCUUUUUCCAUAUGGUGAUUGUGGGUGGACUCAAGGUGCAAGUGGAGGCUCAUCGAAAACUAAUAGAAACAUUUCAGCAAGAGAAUACUAUGCAUACAAAUUGCAAUGCAGACCAAAUAACAUGUUGCUAAAAGCAGGAAGAUGCUUCCAGCAGUACAUAGUCGAUAUGUAUGUCAAAGUGGAGAAUACUCGGUUAAAUUUCUUCCGUAGAAAUCAACAAACGAUAAGAGCAGAUCUAUAUCAAGGGAUCCUUGACACUAUUGAUUGUGGUGAAAACUGUGCAGCAAACGUGGAACGUAGGGUCAUCUUGCCUCCAACAUUCAUUGGUGGUCCUCGAGAUCUUAAAAAGAGAUACUUAAAUGCAAUGUCUUUGGUGCAGCGAUUUGGUAAGCCUGAUUUAUUCGUUACAAUGACUUACAAUGCUAAUUGGCUUGAAAUUAAACAAGAGCUAGCUGUUGGAGAAAAAGUACAGGACAGGCCAGACAUAGUUGCAAGAAUUUUUAGAGCAAAGGUUCUUGCUUUAAAGCAUUUGAUUAAAAAGAAAAAGGUGUUCGGGGAGGUAGCAACAAUGAUCUAUGUGAUUGAAUUUCAAAAAAGAGGUUUACCUCAUGCCCAUUUUCUAAUCAUUCUAAAGCAAGACUAUAAAAUCAAAUGCCCUGCUGAUUUUGAUAAGUUUUUUGUGCUGAAAUACCAUCUACUGAUAACAUGCAUCUUAGGAAAAUUGUGCUAA